AUUUGUUCAUGCCAGAACGUUGUUAAUGCAUGUAUUGUGUUUUAAGUUAUUAAACUAAACUCUGUAAAUUAAGUUUUAAUUCUUUCUGAGGAUUGUGUGAAAUAUUGAAGCCAUGGCGUCCACCGCGGCGGGAAAACAAAGGAUACCGAAAGUGGCAAAGGUGAAGAAUAAAGCCCCGGCUGAGGUGCAGAUCACCGCCGAGCAGCUUCUCCGAGAAGCCAAGGAGAGAGAACUCGAGCUUCUUCCCCCUCCACCCAAACAGAAGAUCACAGAUGAAGAGGAGCUAAAUGACUACAAAUUACGAAAACGCAAGGGAUUUGAAGACAAUAUCCGAAAGAACAGAACUGUAAUUACCAACUGGAUAAAGUACGCACAAUGGGAGGAAAGUCUGAAAGAAGUGCAGAGGGCUCGAUCUAUUUACGAGCGAGCGCUGGAUGUGGAUCACCGAAACGUCACACUGUGGCUGAAGUACGCCGAGAUGGAGAUGAAGAACAAGCAGGUCAAUCAUGCACGCAACAUCUGGGACCGAGCCAUCACCAUCCUACCCAGAGUCAACACCUUCUGGUACAAAUACACCUAUAUGGAGGAGAUGCUGGGAAACGUGGCGGGCUGCAGGCUGGCGUUUGAACGCUGGAUGGAGUGGGAACCUGAAGAACAGGCCUGGCACUCCUACAUCAACUUUGAGCUGCGCUAUAAGGAGGUGGAGAAAGCCAGAACCAUCUAUGAGAGAUUCGUGAUCAUCCAUCCUGAAGUGAAGAACUGGAUCAAAUACGCCCGCUUCGAGGACAAACACGGCUACAUAGCUCACGGCAGAAAAGUGUUCGAGAGAGCCGUGGAGUUCUUCGGCGAGGAGUACAUCGACGAAAACCUGUUCGUUGCCUUCGCCAGAUUUGAGGAGAAGCAAAAGGAGUUCGAGCGCGUUCGGGUGAUUUAUAAGUUCGCUCUGGAUAGAAUCCCCAAACAUCAAGCGCAGGAGCUGUUCAAGAACUACACUGUAUUCGAGAAGAGGUUCGGGGACAGGAGAGGGAUCGAGGACGUCAUCGUCAGCAAGCGCAGGUUCCAGUAUGAGGAGGAGGUCAAGGCGAACCCGCACAACUACGACGCCUGGUUCGAUUACCUGCGCCUGGUGGAGAGCGACGCAGACGCCGACACGGCCCGAGAGGUGUACGAACGAGCCAUCGCCAACGUCCCCCCCAUCCUGGAGAAGAGGCACUGGAGACGCUACGUCUACCUGUGGAUCAACUACGCCCUGUACGAGGAGCUGGAGGUCAAGGAUCCUGAGAGGACGCGGCAGGUGUAUCAGGCGUGUCUGGAGCUCAUCCCUCACAAAAAGUUCACCUUUGCCAAAAUCUGGCUGCUCUACGGCCAGUUUGAGAUCCGUCAGAAGAACCUGCAGAACGCCAGACGAGGCUUGGGCACGGGCAUCGGGAAAUGUCCGAAAAACAAGUUGUUUAAGGGCUACAUCGAGCUGGAGCUGCAGCUCAGAGAGUUCGACCGCUGCCGGAAGCUCUACGAGAAAUACCUGGAGUUCAGCCCGGAGAACUGCACCACCUGGAUCAAGUUUGCCGAGCUGGAGACCAUCCUGGGAGACGUGGACCGGGCGCGGGCCAUAUUCGAACUGGCCACCGGUCAGCCGCGCCUCGACAUGCCCGAGGUUCUGUGGAAGUCGUACAUCGAUUUUGAGAUAGAGCAGGAGGAGUACGAGAACACACAGAGACUCUAUAAGAGGCUCCUGCAGCGCACACAGCACGUCAAGGUAUGGAUCAGUUACGCGCAGUUCGAGUUCUCUACGGAGGGCGAGGAGCGGCUGCAGCGGUGCAGGCAGGUGUACGAGGAGGCGAACCACGGCCUGCGUACCUGCGAGGAGAAGGAGGAGAGGCUGAUGCUGCUCGAGGCCUGGAGAGACUUCGAGCAGGAGUUCGGAACCUCCGCCAACAAGGAACGAGUGAAGAAGCUCAUGCCGGAGAAGGUGAAGAAGAGGAGGAAGCUCACGGCCGAGGACGGGUCGGACGCCGGAUGGGAGGAAUAUUACGACUACAUCUUUCCUGAGGACGCCGCCAAUCAGCCCAACCUCAAACUGCUGGCCAUGGCCAAGAUGUGGAAGAAACAGCAGCAGCAAGAUGAACCGGAGGAACCGGAGACCGAAUCGGGUGAAACUGAACAGCCCGAAGCAGAGGAGGCAAACAGUGCAGGAGCUCAGGAGCCCAAAGAGGGCGUGGACGACGAUCGGGACGACAGUACGAGCAGCAGCAGCAGCAGCAGUGAGAGUAAAAGUGAGAGUGGAAGCGAUAGUGACCAUGAUGAGAAGAAAACAGACGCCGCAAAGAAGGACUGAUCUGUUAGCGAUGGAUUUUUGUGGACCUAAACCUGUUCUGAGGAUCAUUUUGUAACAAAAUAAAAGAAAAACGUGAAUAAA